AUGGCCACCAUCUCUUCUUGCAGCCGCCUGUGCGGCGGCGGCAGCAGCACCGCCUUCCACCGCCGCCGCAGCCGGCCUGCGCGUGCCGCCGUCGUCACCUGCCGGAGAUUCUCCGCCGUCGUCCGCGCGGCCGCGGCCGCCUCUGCCACCGCCGCGGCGCCCGUGUCCACCGUGCCGCAGACCAAGGAGGUGAAGCUUCCGACGUGGGCGGAGUUCGAGCUGGGGAAGGCGCCGGUGUACUGGAAGACCACCAACGGCCUUCCUCCAGCCCCGGGAGAGGGCCUGAAGAUAUUCUACAACCCAGGGACGACCAAGCUGACACCUAACGAGCAGUUUGGCAUCGUGUUUAACCUGUAUGCAGGGGGCUUUAACCAGCCGAUCAUGUGCGGCGGCGAGCCGAGGCAGAUGACGCUGCAAGAGAGGGGGAAAGCCUGUCCCCCCAUCUACACCAUCAGGAUCCGGGUGCCGCAGCAUGCCAUGACACUGGUUUUCUCCUUCACCAACGGAAAUGAGUGGGACGGGGCUUACACCCUCAAGUUCAAGGUCCCCAAGCCAUGGCUCGACAAGCCUUUGAGCUUCUUCAACGAGGGACUGGCUGACGAGCUCAACCUGGAGGGCGCCUGCGACAGGGCCAUCUUCCCGGAUGAAAACAUCGUCAUCACAAGCUGCGACAUCGGUGGCUUCUACGAGGAGGGAGGAGACCGGUGCAAGCUGGACAUCGUGAGCGGGUGCAUGGACCCGACCUCGCACAUGUUUGACCCGCUGGCCACCAUCGACGACGGCUCCUGCCCGCUGGACUCUGAUACGGAGGAGUGA